AUGGCUACCCUCGCAGAGGAGCUUUUCAACGACUUUGCGGACUCUGGCUCGGAAGCAGAGGAAACCCAGCAAGAUGAGCAUGAUCCCCUCGGCCUCGACGUUGCGCCUCAGGCGAACAAUCCUAACCCAUCGAACGACAUGGACCUGGACGGGGACGACGAGGAAGCCGAUGAAGAGGACGAGGAGAUGGGAGGUGUCAAUAAAAACACAGUUGAGGCCGUCGAAGACGCCGAGGAUGCCAAAGCAAAGGUCGAGAAGAUGCAGCUAGGCGGCGUGAGUGACGUUCGCAGCGUCGCCGGCCUCAUGCAGACCCUGCAACCCGUAUUAGAGAAAAUCGCACACUACCAGUCGCAACCCACGCCGACGCAGUUGAUCGGAAACAUCGAAGACCAUCCCGAAUACCACCUUUUGACGCAGUCGAAUAGUCUCUCUACCCUCAUCGACAGCGAGAUUGUUCUUGUUCACAAGUUCAUCAGGGAUCACUACUCGAUACGAUUUCCCGAGCUCGAGACACUCAUCACCAACCCACUGGAAUACGCGAAGGUAGUCUCCAUCUUGGGCAACGGGCCCCUCGACCCCGAAAAUAUCAAGACGCUGCAGCAUUCUACGGACAACCCUCUCAAGGCAACGCUUCGAUCGGUGCUCGACGGUCCAUCCGUGAUGAUUGUGACUGUGGAAGCCACGAGGACCAAGGGCCGUGAGAUGUCAACAGACGAACUGCUGCGAGUUCGGAGAGCAUGCGACAUGGUUCUUUCCUUAGAUAAGGCGAAGAAGACCCUCACCGAAUACGUUCAGUCGCGUAUGAACCUAUUCGCGCCGAACUUGACUGCCAUGAUCGGCUCCCUGACGGCUGCGCAGCUGCUGAACGCCGCUGGAGGACUUACUGGCCUGUCCAAGACGCCCGCGUGCAACAUUGCAGCUUGGGGAUCAAAGAAAGGGGCUGGUGCGGCGGGAUUGGCCACGAAUAUCGGUGUCCGCCAACAAGGAUUCCUCUACCACUCUCCAAUCAUCCAGGGCAUUCCGAACGACCUCAAGAGGCAAGCUAUGCGGAUUGUCGCAGCCAAGCUGUUGCUUGCAGCUCGUGUGGACCGUGUUCAUUCCAGUCCGGAUGGCUCAACAGGCGAAGAGCUCAAGGGACAUUGUCUCGAUCGUCUCGAGAAACUCACGGAGCCUCCUCCGAACAAGGGACCGCGAGCCCUUCCAGUCCCUGACGACAAACCCUCGCGCAAGCGUGGUGGAAGAAGAGCUAGAAAGGCCAAGGAAGCUACGGCCAUGACGGAGCUGCGCAAGGCACAGAACAGGAUGGCGUUUGGCAAGGAGGAGAGAGAAGUUGGAUACGGCACAGGAGAGGGCACCGCAGGCCUGGGCAUGAUCGGCCAAGCCAAUGACGGCAGAAUUCGCAACUUGCAAAUCGACCAGCGGACGAGAGCGAAGCUGAGUGCCAAGAACAAGGGCUGGGGUGGCGCGACUCCCAUGAACGGGGCGGCAUCGUCCCUUCGCGGGUUUGGGCAGACAAACUCCAACAUUGACCUUCGUGGCAAGGGUCUGAGGACGUCAGGUGUCGGCACGACGCUGGGAGCGCCCACGGGCACGGCGUCGUCGUUGGCCUUCACACCUGUGCAGGGUCUGGAGCUUGUCGACCCCAAGGUCCAGGCUGAACUCAGUCGUAAGCGGAAGGCGGAAGAGGACCGGUGGUUCAAGGGAGGAACCUUUACACAGGUUGGCGGCUCAUCCAAUGGAGUCUUCAAGAAACCCGAUCUACCUCCCAACAAAAGGGUAGAUACUGGGGAAGGCAAGAUGGGCCCUCCACCUCCGCGGAGCGGCUGA